AUGGAUAGCAUUUUGUUUUUAACAGAAGAGCUAAUAGAAGAUCUACUGCCAAAAACUCAAAAGGAAAAGGCCAUUACACCUUUACAAAAAGUAAAAAUUGCAUUAAGAUACUUUGCAUCCGGAAAAAUUCAGUUACAUGAUGCUGAUAUGCAUGACAUGCCACAACCAGCGCCAAUAUAUAUAUCUCAAGUUAUAGAAGCAUUGACUAAACCUCAUAUUGUUCAGGAAUUUAUAUCAUUUCCGAAAACACAAAGGGGCUUACAAGAAUUAGAAAGGGAAUUUUAUGACACGGCCAGUGUUCCCGAUGUUCUUGGUGUAAUAGGUGGCAUUCAUGUGCAGCUACAAGCACAAACACAGGAUGCGGAGGUUUAUGCAAACAGAAUGAAGUACCAUAGCAUGACUAUUCAGGUUGUUUUUGAUUCAUAUGAGACAGUAAUAGAUAUUGUAGCAAGAUGGCCGGAAUGUGUGCAUGAUCGCAGUAUUUUAAGGAAAAGUGGUCUGUUGGCAUUCCUAAAAGAUGGUGAUUGUUUACCACCUGGAUGUCCCUAUCAAAAAUGGCGCUUGACUCCUUACCUGAAGCCCAAGCCAGGAUCUCAAACUCAAUACAACAGGGCAACAAACGUUGAGAGGGGCAUUGACCAACUGAAAAGACGCUGGGGUAUCCUGCAUUCAGAAAUAAAAAUGAGUUCAGAGAAAGUAUGCAACUCGUGCAGUUCUUGA